CUUAGAUUUCGGUUGUAAGCACGGAUGAAGAAUUUUACCUCAGGAAAAGCUACCAGUUCCACACAGCGGAGGAUUUCACCUUCCUUCCGACCCAAUCUAGUAACUAGAAAACUUCAAAUCGGCAUUAUCCGAGAGACCACGAUCCGACGGGGAGAUACAUCGCUCCAGAUCACAAGAAAAACACCACCUACACCUACUACUAACAACGCUUCGAACGGCGUCACUCACAACCAUGAGUGCUGCCACCGCUGGUGCGGUUUUUGGGAACGUUCUGCCCUACUGCGAGCCGAACUGGUAUUCCUCCAAUUACAAAUCGCCGUACUACAAGCAGACCCACAUCGAGUGGCGGGCUCGCUGCCGCGAGUUCGUGGAGGACAAAAUUCUGCCGUAUGUCUCCGACUGGGAACAGAGCAAGGAAAUUCCCCGCCACGUUUACAAGGAAGCGUACCAGGCCGGCCUGAUCCCGUGCGUAGUCGGGGUCAAGGGCUUUGAGUUCGUCGACUGCGAGAAGCCGAAAGAGUACUUAAGUAGGGAUCAUGUCCUUAGUGUUUUCGAAGGUGACAAUCACAAUACAAAAAUUAUGAAUGUUCUUUGGGUUUCCUACUCAUGCAUAAGCACAUAGGUCCUCUUGUGCUUUGCUAUUCCCUCUGAAAAUGGUAAAAAUUUUGAGGAUGUCCUACAACAGCUACGACUACUUCCAUGAGCUGAUCUUCGUGGAUGAGCUCGCCCGCUGUGCCAGUGGCGGGACGCUGUGGGGUAUUGUCGAGGGACUGCAAAUCGGGUUGCCGCCUGUAAUCAACUUCGGAUCAAAGCAGCUGCAGGACAAAGUUUGCAAGCCGUGCUUGACCGGAGAGAAGAUCAUCUGCCUUGCCAUCACCGAGCCCGGAGCAGGGUAUACAGUCGCAUCCUUUUGAGUCGUGGCUUUGCGCACAUACUGUUUCCACUCUUUAAUAGCGAAAAUGUUCGUGCAUGAUGUAUUAUCAAAACCCAAAAAAAAAUUCUACAGGUCCGACGUCGCCAACAUUCGGACGAGCGCGAAAAAGGAGGGCGACCACUACGUCGUGAACGGGGAGAAGAAGUGGAUCACCAACGGCAUAUUCGCCGACUUUUUCUCCGUCGCGGUGCGCACGGGUGGCCCGGGGAUGAAGGGAAUCAGCAUGCUGCUGAUCGAGAAAACGAUGCCCGGUGUGAAGACGCGCCGCAUGGACUGCCAGGGCGUGCACCCGAGCGGUACCACAUUUGUCACGUUCGACAACGUGAAAGUCCCCGUCGGGAAUCUGAUCGGGGUCGAGAACCAGGGUUUCGGCGUGAUCAUGAAGAACUUCAACCACGAAAGGUGGGGCUUCGUCAUCCAAGCCAACCGGUUUUCGCGGGACCUCGUGGAAGAGGCCCAAAAAUACGCACUGAAACGGUCCACGUUCGGCAAGAAGUUAAUCGACCAUCCGGUGAUCAGAUGGAAGCUCGCCGAGAUGAUACGGCAAGUCGAGGCAAUGCACCACUGGCUCGAAAGUACUUCAUGGUUUUAUGGGGAACUGUUUGUCUGGCAUAAUGGUAUUUGCUCAGCAACUGAUGACACGAAUUCGUCAUUCUCGGAACCUCAGGACACAUAAAACGAAUCAAAAUUUUUUGAAAUGUACAGAUCUCACCUACCAAAUGAACACCAUGCCGUUUGAAGUGGCCCAGACGGAGCUCGGCGGCACGAUGGCGUUGGCGAAGGUGAACGCAUCCAAAAUCAUGGAAUACUGUGCGCGAGAAGCAAGCCAGAUUUUCGGCGGCAAUGCCUACACGAAGAGUGGACUUGGUAAUCUUCGAUGAGGCCUUUUUGUAAAUGCUGGCGUCAAGCCAGAACCUCUUUAGUAGGCUCUUCUUCCGUAAUAUUUUAUCCUGGCUGGUUCAGAAGUUGUAGGGUCUUGUUUGUUCUUUUCCAAAAUGAGAACGCACAAUCAGGACAAAAAUCACAUCAUCAGGUGAAAAAGUGGAGCGACUUUACCGUGAUGUGCGGGCGUAUGCUAUUCCGGGCGGAAGUGAAGAAAUCCUGCUCGACUUGGGCGUCAGAGAAGCAGUCAAACUCGGGAAAUCUAGACAGUCCAAGUUGUAAACCACAUAGAGCAAAAGCGUCCGGCAGAAGAUCUGAGCAAUUUAGUAAACUGUCAGAUGCCCCCUUCGGACGUCGCUUCGGCACCACCGUAGUUCUUGCACUUCUUUGUAGAAAAUCAGUUUUAUUUUCCAAUCUGAGGCCGCCAAUGUCGUGUCACGUACUUCUUCUUGUCCACCGCUGAAGUUUCGCCUCUAUGGUGGAGCUCCCCGCCUUAUGAAGACCACCCACAUACGGCGUGACGAAGUAAACAAUCUCGCUACCGUAGUGCGCCACUUUUGUCGUGACAAGUGCAACCUCUGCCUCACACUAUCUGUAUCUUCGACUGCGUCCUUCGGGUGUAGAGAGUCAACACUUGCGGAAAUAAGGGCACGUUUGGUUUAUUGAUUUCUUUGAGUCUCAACAAGCAACGACAAAUGGUUGAAAUGAAUUCUAGAAUAUACUGAAGUUGGAGUAAAUAGCAAUUUCAAGAUACUUGAGAAAAUAGAAACAAAACAAAAGAAGGACGGGUGGCCUGUUUGAAAAGAAAAUGAAAGAUCUCACAUGUCUGCGAAGAAAAUAAAGCAGGAAAGAACAGGCGCCGAUACCUCUUCUACCAUUAUUUUCCGCUUGUGGCAAAACACCGUGUCAGCAACGGUACUCCUGACUGUGACGACUACGUGGAUGCGCUACACACGUG